AUGUUUGCUUUGAGAGACGAUAGUGUUGUUGAAGUACAAGGUGAACCUACCAGAGUUCAUAAGGCAGUUGAAAUUAUUGCAGUUCAUUUGCAUGCAAAUGCCAGAUGUUUGACUCAACUACAAUGCACCCCCACGCCAACCUUGGGUUCCUCCUCCUCAAGGGUUUCCAGCUCCUGGUGGCGGUGGCCUGCUUUUGCACCCCCUAGUAAGCAAUAUAUGCCAACAUCAAUUCCCUAUGAUAAUUAUUACCCAACAGCUGACCUGCCUCCUAUGGACAAACAAUUCCAUCAGGUUGCACUAUUUGCUUAUGGCAGGGAUCCUUCCACUGGAAUUCAUCCACCAAGUGCACAACCACAACAAUCUGCUGCAACUAAGGUUACGCAGCACAUGCAAAUUCCUCUAUCAUAUGCAGAUGCUAUUAUUGGAGCAUCAGGUGCAAAUAUCAGUUACAUUCGUCGUGCUAGUGGAGCAAGUGUUAUGGUUAGGAGAGAAGGGGUGUGCCAGGGGAGAUGACUGUUGAAAUAAGUGGGACUACAUCAGAGAUACAGACAGCCCAACAUUGUUGUUAUUUUUGUAAAACUUGUGGGAUUGAAUUUUUGAUUUGUUGAAAUAUAAUGUUAU